CCUCCCUCCCUCCCUCAGUGUUCUCUCAACCUCAUCUCAACCUGAUCUCAACCUGGACACAUCCCGAGGCUCCUUUUUGCAACAGAAUUGUCCCCAUCAAAGCUUCGAGAAAAACUCAAAUAUGCCACAACAACAUCGCGGCUUAGGACUCCAUGGGAGCAGACGUCGUCGUUCGAAUCGUGAUGUCCUCCAGGGUAUCACAAGACAUGCCAUCCGUCGUCUCACUAGGCGUGGUGGGAUCAAGAGAAUGUCCGCGAGCAUUUAUCCGGAGAUACGGUUCGUGCUCAAAGAACGACUGAAAACGAUCAUACGUAACUUGGUCUUGGUGCUUGAGUCCUCUGCAACUCCGAAUCAUGAGCGAAAGACUAUCACAACGACUGAUGUGGUUUUUGUGUUGAAUAGAAUGGGCACCCCCGUGUAUGGUUUCCACCCGAAUUAGGAGUGAUGAUAUUUUUCCAAUACGAAAAGGAAGUUGGUAUUGGAGUACAGGUGGACGGCUCUUUUGUCGUGUUGUUCGCUUUUGAAUGUUUUGUUGGAGGUUACAUUUCGUUUUCUCUCUCUUUAAAGAG